UUUCAUACGAUUUUACCCAAAGGAUUUCGUAUUCAUAUUAUUCAUAGUUUAUGUCAAAUAUAAAAUAAUGUACUAUGAGCUCGUAUUGUUCGUGUAAAAUUCCUGUUUUUCAUUUUCAUGUAUCCGAUUAUUCAGAACGUUUAUUUGUACAUUAAUCAAAAUCGUUGUAAAGGAUAGCGAUAUGACUCGAUAUAUUGUACAAAUAAGAAAUGAGAAAGGAAUGUAAGAUGUUGUUAUAUACGAUAAUAGGAAGUUACAUGUUAACAUCAAUGAUACUUUUUAAGUAUCCAACGUUAUUACACAAGAAAAAGAAAUUAAAAUUUAUGUGUCAGCAUAUUAGUCACAGAGGCGGAGCAGGAGAGGGGUAUGAAAAUACAAUGUUCGCUUUCAAACGAGCCGUGGCACUUGGUACAGAAAUGUUGGAAUUAGAUUGUCAUCUAACAAAGGAUGGAGAAGUUGUUGUAUGUCAUGAUCAUAAUUUAUUACGUAGUACGGGUACAAACAAAAAUAUUUCAGAAGUGAAUUACAAAGAUCUACCUCUGUUGAAACCAUGUCUUCCUAUUGAUUUUGAUCCAGAUGCGGAAUAUAUUGGCACAAAGAGAGAAGAGGACAGACAAUUUGCUUUAUUGAAGGAAGUGUUUGAAGCAUUUCCUAAUAUACCAAUUAAUAUUGAUAUUAAGGUUAACGAUGAUGAACUUAUAACAAAGGUGUCUGACUUAAUUAAGAAAUAUAAUCGAGAAGAAUAUACAGUAUGGGGAAAUUUUAAUGAUGAAAUAACAAAAAAAUGUUACAAAACGAAUCCAAAUGUAAACUUAUUAUUUUCUAUGCGGCGUGUAACUCAAUUAAUUAUUCUGUUGUAUACUGGUUUAUUGCCAUUUGUACCUCUGAAAGAAACCCACUUAGAAAUAUUUCUACCUUCUAUUUACUUACGGCGUAAAGGCAAUCUGAAUCCAACAUUUUUGCCUUUAGAAAAACUGGUUGUACGUACUGUUAAUAUAUUAUUAAUGAGACCAUGCUUAUUCAAGCAUUUAAAGGCUCGUGGAAUACAUGUUUAUUUUUGGGUCUUGAAUAAAGAGGAAGAAUUUAAAAAAGCUUUUGAUCUUGGAGCAACCGGUAUAAUGACGGAUUAUCCCUCAAGAUUAAAAUUAUUUUUGCAGAAUUAUUCCUAUGAACAAGGUAAAGUCGUCAGAGAAAAUAGUUUAAAAAAUUAAUAUUCAUUGAGCAGAGCUAAGUGUAUACUUUCAAGAAGUAUACAUGUCACUGUAGAUCAGCACAUAUAGAAUUUGCUUCAAAAAGCUCAAAUGUUAUUUAAAAAAUAUAUUUUUAUUUCUUACAUGUUAACGAGAACUAAGCUGAAACUAGCUUGUUACGUGCGUCGUGCACAAAGUAUUUUUCUUAUAUAAUCUAGAUAAGAUUACUUUAAAAGCUUUCCACAAAAUAUUAGAAAAUAUUCAUAGGCGUUAAACGUAACAUACGAGUAAGGAAGCAUUCCAAAAGUACAUUUUCAGUCGUAACGAAAUCUAAUAUUUCACUUAUAUUAGAAAAAUAUUUUACCGAACUGUUUCUUAAAUAUAUUAAAAAUUUGCACGCUUCGGUUACAGUCUUGGUCGCAUUUCAGUUUGAUUCUUUUUAUUAUAUUAUCAGUAUUAUUAUACUUCUUUACAUUUACGAGUGAGUGAUAACCCAAAGUUGGCAAUAAUAAUUAUACAUUUAUUAUUAUUGUACCGCACAUACAGAGUUUCAUUGUUAAUCAUUAAUAGCUAUUUAUAUAAAAUUUAUUGCAAAGUAUUUUAAAGAAUAAGAAUUGAUUAAAAUCACAAAUAAUUCAUAGCUUUAUAUGUAGCACUAAAUUACUUUUAAUUCUAUAAAAUCUGGAAUAUGUAUAUAUGUAUACAUGAUGCACAUAUUAAUG